AUGAGGUCCUCUAUUACGCCUCAGAGACGCCGAAUGCCCCCAAGACAAGCAUGGAGCUGCAGGUAUCGCGAAAUGAGCAUCGAAGAUGACCCAGAAUGGAUCAACGAUGAUAUGGACUACGGCGAACUACUGGAGGACUCGUCAGCAAGCAGCAUACAGAUGGAGAGUGACGGCGACGACGAGGACGGUACGGUUUGCUCCGACGAACGAGGAGACCAGCCGGAGUUUUAUAGCCAGAUGGCGGAUUUUUACGGACAGGCCAAACAUCUGAAAAUGGACGAACAGUUCUGCGAAGCUAGAAAGACGUUCAAUAGCGUUCGUGAACUGGCUUUAAAUGCCAAUGAACCCCUCUGGGCUUUCAAAGCCCAAAAACAGGUAGUCAAAUGUGCCAUUGGCGAGUUUACGUUGGAUUCAGCGGCACAAUCCAUACUUAGCAACGAGCUGCUCGCAUUGUUACCACCUGACGUAAUUUUGACUCUUCCAGCCGAGUAUUUGCAAAAAUCCUUAACUAAAAUCAUCGACCGCAUUGCUCCGCCAAUUGCAGGGUGCUUUUUAUUCGAUCGAUGUCCUGAAGUUGACUUAGAGAAGCUUCGUUCCCGGCUCAGUCUGCUCGACGGUCUCAAUCCAUGUGUUUCACUCCUGGAACCCCUCUCGACGCAUUUACAACUUCGUAUUUGCGAGCUCCAAUUAUGGGUAGUAAGACUAACUGAAAACUCCAUUGACCUGCCAGCUCUUGACAAAUUGGAGGCAAACUGCGGUGCUGAUGUACGUGCGCUUGAAACUAUGCUACAAUCAUUCAUGUGGCUCUAUUUUUAUCGCGAACAAAUCGACACGCAUCGGUGGUCUCUGCGCCUGUCAAAAUUGCGAGCCAUCUUGAGCACAACGUUAGUCCUUUCUCAAAGUAUGAGUCUUACUGCAUUAAUGCACUUCUCCGAGGCUAUCGUCCAACUUCACAACUCACAGCUGGUAUGUACUGUGCGCCAUCUCAAUGUUUGCAAAGACGGCUUUUGGAAGUGCUUCCGAGAUUUGGAACACGCAGGGCUUUCGAUCACUAAGGCCAAAAGUACAUUUCGCGAUUUGACUUUGAGUUGCUUUGUUAUAUCGUGCACUUUACUUCUACCUCACACGGAAAAUGCUCAGGAGGACAACAUUUCUCCCUUCGAAUACGAAGCAGUACAGCUUACCGAGAACGCAACUCUUCUGGCCAAUUUGCGAGAAAUUUACGACUCCUUUAUAAAGGGUGAUUUGAAGAAGUAUGCUUCAAUCUUGCCUAUAAUCGCUGUUGAUCGGUUGCCUUUGAAGCUUCUUAUUCUCAAGAUGCACGAAUCGUUUCGCCUGCGAAGACUUUGGCAAUUUAUUGCGCCAGUUUACUCGUGUCUGUCACUUGCCGACUUGCAGAAAGAGCUUUACAUUCCUUCGGAACCGUGUUUAUCUCAGAGUGAUAUCAUAAAGCUAUUAAUGCGCAGUAUCAUGAACAACACGGCAAAGGUUUACUUUAAGCUGGACCUGAAGCAAAGAUUUGUCUUUUUUGGCGAGACUUACAAGGUACGCUUCUCAGCCCUGACAAAACGUCAAUCUUUGGCCAAAAAGGCCCAAGAGUUAUCAAUCUUCGACAAAUAUUCAUCUCCACAGCUAGCUUGGCCCGGUGCAAACGCGACACGUGAGACGCAACCCGAAACGUGCAAUGCGCUUGAACAUCACCAAGAAUGGCUUGAAAACGUUGGAAUCUUUAGAGAACCUUCACAAGCCGAUAACAAGAACAAGACUUGCUUACAGUUCAUCAAUGAGCUGCAAUCUUUAAAAGGUGAGGGCAUCCCGACUUGCAAAACAUCCGCGCAAGAUUCCGUUCUAAAAUACUACGAGUUUCUUGAAGUACUUUCUCAGCAAUUUUGA